AUGAUAAAUUAAGAAAAAAAUCAAUAAAAAAAUAACUUUUUUGAGUUAUCAGAUUUGUUUGGUUCUGCUGUAAAUAUUAGAUACAAUAAGAAAUAGAAUUAUAAUACUUCUUUUGGAGGUUUUGUAAGCUGCUCUUUAUCAGUUGUGCUAAUUUUAUAUAUUUCUAAUAUCCUAAAAAUUUAUUUAUCGCAUUAAUAAGUUCAAGUUAUAUAAGAGUUAUAAAAUGUCUAAAAACUUGAAUAAUUUAAUCUAACUGUAAAUACUUUUUCCUUCAUGAUUGCUAUAACAGACAUUAACUACACGAGUUUUAUAGAUAACUCGAUUUACACUUUAAAAGUUACAUAAAUUACAUAAAAGCGUAUUCUUAAUUAAACAUCAGGUCAAUAUGAUCUGAAAAUCACUCAUACUCCUAUUAACAUGGAAAGGUGUACUAAAGAACAUUUUCUUAUAGAUGGAACUUAGAGUUAUUUUUUACAAUAAGAUUAUGAUCAUAUGUAUUGCUUUAAUAAGGAUUCAGUAUUAUAUUUGGAGGGAGAUUAUAAUUAGCUUGACUAUAAGUAGCUAUAAUUCGAAGUGCUUGAAUGCCAGGGAACUAAUUGCAAAGAUUAACAAUCAAUUAAUCAUAAAUUAAAUAAUUGCUACAUGUAAGUCUUUUUCACAGAUAAGAAUAUUAUUUCAACUGAUGUAAAAAAUCCUUUGUAAAGUUAUGCAAGAUCCAAUUUUUAUAUUGCAGGUACCACUUUUACAAAAGCUAUUAACAUGUAUAUGAUUUAAACAUAAAUCUAAACUGAUGAAGGAAUAAUAUAUGAUGAUUAUUAGUCUAUUUCAGCAAUAACUUACAGUAAUGAUAGAGAAUCUGUUGUUUCAAAAACUACUAACAGGAUAUUUCUUUUGUAAAUAUCUCUAUAGCCAAACAAAUAAUUAAAUUAUAUUAGAAAAUAUUUAUCGUUAUCUUAAAUGCUUUCUUAAAUUGGAGGUAUCUAUAAUAUUUUAUUUGCUUUUGGUUGUUUUAUCUGCCGACCUUAUGCUAAAUUACAAUACAAACGUAAUUUAAUGAAUAGCGUGUUUGGCUUUUAAUACAUUAACUCAUCUGAUCAAUCAAAUUUAAAUUUAGUUGAUUAAAAAAAUUUAACAGAUAUUAAAGAAAAAGAGUAAAGCUCUCCAUUUGUUAAUUCAAAUAAUUAGCAAAAUGCAACUUUUGAAAAAAACUCUUCUUAAACUGACAAAAGAUUAAGAGCGACUACUAAUAUUUCUCAAAAAACAUCUAAAUAAUCACGGAGAAACAGUAUUAACUUAGCUGAAAAUGAAAAAAUAGAAGAAAAAGCAUUUAAUUGCAGUAUAAAAUAAAAAAAAAAUCAAAGUAUCAAUUCUAUAAAAAACACAGAUAAGAAUGGUAUUAAAGAAAAUGAAUUAAUUUUUAAAAAGUUUUUCUAAUAAACGUUUGAAGAGCUGAGAUUGAACACAUGUGACUACUUUAAAUAUUAUUUAAGUUACAUAAUUUGUAGGAAAAAAAAUAAAUCUUAAAUAAUCGAUUAUGGCCUUCAAAAGCUUUACAAUCAUUUGGAUAUUUAUUAUAUUAUAAAUAAAUUGAUAGAAUUUGAAAAGCUAAAAAAACUUUUAUUAAAUGAAAAUUAAAUUAAACUAUUUGAAUAUAUUCCAAAACCAAUUAUAAGCAUUAAUAAAGCAAAUUAAGAAAUCAUUUAGACUCAAUCAAAUCAAUCAGACACUGGAAUAUUAUAUGAAGAUAAUAGAACAAUCAUUCAAAAGGCUGAAGAUGCAUAAGAAGCAUAUAAUAAAAUAAUAAACAAUCCAAAUAGAUAAUUAUUAGAUGAACGACUGAUUAGUUUGUUACAUCCAAAGCUAGUUGAUCUUCUAAAUGAAAACUCCUUCGAUAAAUUAUAAGAUAAUUAAGACAAAAUUCGUAAGCUUCAGUAUCGAAAAAGUAUAUUUACACCUCAAAAUAAACUAUUUAACUAGACACUUAAUACUUUAACAAAAUUUGAUUCAUAAUCCCCAAAUAACACAUAUCAAACUGAAAAAAUAUGCUAAUAUGAGUUGGAUAGUUUUUAAUUGGAAUAAGAAAUCACAUCUGAAAAUAGCUCUGUUAAAAAUAAAGAAGAUAAUCACAAUAAGGUGAACACAUAUCAAAUGAAUUUUAAAUCUAUAUUAAAUAUGAAAUAAACUUAGAAAAGCUAAUGA